AUGUGCCCUCACUGGGAAUCAAACCACAAACUCUUGGUUCAUAGGGUAACAGCACCAAGAAGAGUGGAAGAGCAGAGGAGAAAUGUCCCCUUUCAGUUGCUCUUACUCCUGGAGAAGAUGCAGGACAGUCGACAUAAAGCAGUGAGACCCAUGGAACUCGUCUACUGUCUCCAGAAGUACAAUGUACCAUUGUUUGUCCAGCAUGAUGCUGCUCAACUCUACUUCACAAUAUGGAACCUAAUUAAAGGCCAAAUCACUGAUGUGGACUUGGUAGAGAGACUGCAGGCCCUGUAUACAAUCCAGAUGAAGGAGUCCUUUAUUUGCCUUGAAUGUACCAUAGAGUAUAGCAGAAACAGUAGCAUGCUGACCCUCCCACUUUCUCUUUUUGAUAUGGACUCAAAACCCCUGAAAACAGUGGAGGAUGCCCUGCACUGCUUCUUCCAGCCCAGGGAACUGUUGAACAAGGACAAAUGUUUCUGUGAGAACUGUGGGAAGAAGACCUGUGGGAAACAGGUCUUGAAGCUGACGCAUUUGCCCCAAACCUUGACAAUCCACCUGAUGCGGUUUUCCAUCAGGAAUUCACAGACAGAAAAAAUCUGCCAUUCACUGUAUUUCCCCCAGAGCUUGGAUUUAAAUCAAUUUCUUCUGAGUGAUAAAGAUCUCUGCAAUGCUGAGUACCAGCUUGAAGGACUGUAUGAACUCUUUGCUGUGAUUGCCCAUGUGGGGCUGCCUGACUUUGGUCAUUACUGUGCCUAUAUCCGGAAUUCUAUAGAUGGGAAGUGGUUCUGCUUCAAUGAUUCCAGUGUUUGUUGGGUUUCGUGGGAAGAUAUCCAGUGCACCUAUGGAAAUCAUAACUGUCGCUGGCGGGAAACUGCCUACCUUCUGGUUUACAUGAAGAUGGAGUCCUAA